GCGGGAGAACUGCCGUUGCCAGCGCCAGCAGUGCGGUGCGGUGUUCUGGUCUGGUUGUUGAUUUAGCAAAUGUUGAACAAUUUCUGUUAUUUCGCUUUCGACCUCUUUGACCGUGUGAUAUCCUGGGACCCUUGAAUUUAAGUUAAAAUGGGUAUCCUAGAGAAAAUCUCUGAGAUUGAGAAGGAAAUCGCUCGGACUCAGAAAAACAAAGCUACUGAAUACCAUCUGGGUCUUCUUAAAGCCAAACUAGCAAAGUACCGGUCUCAGCUCCUUGAGCCUUCCAAAAAAGCCGAAAAGGGGGAAGGCUUUGAUGUCUUAAAAUCUGGAGAUGCCAGAGUUGCUUUAAUUGGAUUUCCAUCCGUCGGCAAGUCUACGUUGUUGAGCACUCUCACUCACACAGAGAGUGAAGCAGCGUCGUAUGAAUUUACAACUUUAACAUGUAUUCCUGGAGUCAUCCAAUACAAGGGUGCAAAUAUUCAGCUUCUUGACUUGCCUGGUAUCAUUGAAGGUGCUGCUCAAGGAAAAGGAAGAGGUAGACAGGUAAUAGCUGUUGCUCGCACUGCUGAUUUAGUGCUGAUGAUGUUAGAUGCAACAAAGAAAGAUGUUCAUCGUUCAUUGUUAGAAAAGGAACUGGAAUCUGUUGGCAUUCGACUCAAUAAAAGAAGACCCAAUAUUUACUUUAAGAUCAAGAAAGGAGGUGGUAUAGCUUUCAACUCAACCUGCCCACUGACAAAGAUUGAUGAAAAAAUGGUGCAAAUGAUUCUUCACGAGUAUAAAAUUUUUAAUGCCCAGGUGUUGUUUAGGGAGGACUGUGGUGCAGAAGAUCUAAUUGAUGUUAUUUCUGACAACCGUGUUUACUUACCUUGCUUGUAUUGUUACAAUAAGAUUGAUCAAAUUUCAAUUGAAGAAGUUGACAGAAUUGCAAGGCAGCCCAACAGUGUAGUUGUUAGUUGUAAUUUGAAACUGAAUUUGGAUGGCCUCCUUGAUCAGCUUUGGGAGGAAUUGGCUCUGAUCAGAGUUUACACCAAGAAACCCGGACAGCCACCAGACUUUGAUGACUGCCUUAUCUUGCGUCGAGGUGUUACUGUUGAGCAUGUUUGCCAUGCUAUUCACAGAACCCUGGCAGAUGCAUUUAAGUAUGGUCUGGUUUGGGGUACAAGCACCAAAUAUUCACCUCAGAGAGUGGGAAGUAACCAUGUUAUGGCUGAUGAAGAUGUCAUUCAAGUUGUGAAAAAGUGAUCCUAUCUUCACAGUCCUAUCUUCAUUGAAUUGGUAUGCAUAAUGAGUGGAUCAAGAUAUUAUUGGAUGUUUUAUGAGGUUUGUCAAUAAAUUAGACUUUUGCUGAAA